AUGAUCUGUAAAAACGGAGUCCCAGCUCGAACCGUCUCCGAUCUUCAUGAAGCCGGUAGUAUUUAUGUGAAACUUGUUUUUCGUUCUGUUUUGUUCGAUACACGAUUUCUUAUUUCAGUUUGGUUCAUAUUCAUCAGUGAGCUUUUACUUUUGAUAGAGGAUUUUCGCGAAUAUCGUGUCUUGGUUUGGGGAAGCACAUAUAACAGUUGUUAUACCGUUUGACAAAGUGUGCAUUUUCCGAGAUACGAGGUUUAAGCUUGUUGAUUGUAAUAGUCAUCUUUAAGUUUCACAAUUCAUCUAAAGGCUCAUAUAAAUGUAUUAAAUUUUCUCAUCGGGUGACCUUAAGCUUAAGUUUUAAAUUUAUGGCAGAAGCUUAAAAAUAUAAAGAGCGGUGUGACAAUAUUAUUUAAUGAAAUAAACUUCGAAGACAUUGUGCCCGCGAUUUUACUUCAUUUUUUCUUCUACUUUUUUUACAUUCGGUUUUGUAGAAGGAAUAAGGGAAUGAGUCAUCCUAGAAAAUAACUUUCAAAACAUUUAACUAUCUAUUUAUUAUAUUACCAUUUGCUGUAUUUUGUCUUUAGCAUUCACUGGUGAUAUUCGAGAAGUUACACAAGCUCUUGAUGAUGGACAGGUAAAAGACACGUCAUAUGUAACUGCAGUCAUUAAUUUGUAAGCUUUGUAGUUUACAUACUAACAACUAAAAAUCAUUUGGUUCACACGAUGAAGCUUCCUAUGUUCCAUCUCUUUGAUAAUUCAUACUUUUAUAUUUAGUAUAUUAUAUAAAUAAUAAUAAUAAUGUUAUCAUUGCAUUAAGUUUUUGACAACCUAAUGUUUCCAGGGUCCUCUCGAGGAGAUUCUUUCACUGAUACAUUCUUACUCUUCCUAAAUAGCCUGGCAAGUAUACUGUUAUUAGUCGAUGCUGGCCCACAGGGCCACAGGGAUCCAUAUUAAUAUUAUAUGAGAGUCGUCAGCGGGUUACACUUUACACUUUACACUUUACGUUGCCUGGACAAGAGUGCAGAGUUAUAGAAGGAAUGGUGAUAAAAUUGAGUGCAAUUUGAAUGUUUCUGAUUUGCAUUGUUUUUAUUACUAUCUUAGCUACUAAGAAAGGGUUUUAACUCAACUGAAAAACAGACUCCAUGACUUCGGUGGAUGGCUGGGAUGCAUUCUGUUUGGGCACAAAAACAAGCCAAGGUCUGUCAGUUUGACAUGAAGACAAGAGGGUGUACUUACGUUUUUUCUUGUAUAAGGCAGCAGCUUUUAUUUUAUCGGAGGCGGCAAAACACCUUCUAAAAUGCCACAUCUUUGAUGAAUGCUGUCACUUUUUUCUGUGAAUGGCCCUAGAUUUGCCACUAGUCAACCUCACAAGUUUCUAAGGGAGAGGAGCAAGUUUUAAAUCGUACAAACAACUUAUUUGAAAGUUUUACAAUUGGCCUGUGAAUGCAGUUCUUCACAAAAUGAAAAAAAAAAACAACGGUUAACGACAUAAAGAUUGAUCAUUUGAUGGAAAAUACUGAACCAUCAAAAAUGGCUCCAAACUUUUCAUUUCAUUGCAGACAAAGAUGCUUGUUAUUCUCCGUUAUUCAUAAAGAUUUAAGUGGAUAAGAAAUAAUUAGAAUGCAUGCAUAAUGUACAUGAUAAAACCAUACAAGAAUUUUUGAAUAGAUUUUAUAGUUGANUGUUUUUAUUACUAUCUUAGCUACUAAGAAAGGGUUUUAACUCAACUGAAAAACAGACUCCAUGACUUCGGUGGAUGGCUGGGAUGCAUUCUGUUUGGGCACAAAAACAAGCCAAGGUCUGUCAGUUUGACAUGAAGACAAGAGGGUGUACUUACGUUUUUUCUUGUAUAAGGCAGCAGCUUUUAUUUUAUCGGAGGCGGCAAAACACCUUCUAAAAUGCCACAUCUUUGAUGAAUGCUGUCACUUUUUUCUGUGAAUGGCCCUAGAUUUGCCACUAGUCAACCUCACAAGUUUCUAAGGGAGAGGAGCAAGUUUUAAAUCGUACAAACAACUUAUUUGAAAGUUUUACAAUUGGCCUGUGAAUGCAGUUCUUCACAAAAUGAAAAAAAAAAACAACGGUUAACGACAUAAAGAUUGAUCAUUUGAUGGAAAAUACUGAACCAUCAAAAAUGGCUCCAAACUUUUCAUUUCAUUGCAGACAAAGAUGCUUGUUAUUCUCCGUUAUUCAUAAAGAUUUAAGUGGAUAAGAAAUAAUUAGAAUGCAUGCAUAAUGUACAUGAUAAAACCAUACAAGAAUUUUUGAAUAGAUUUUAUAGUUGAGCAAAACUUUACUCGUCCAAAGGAUGAUGUUUGGAGGUAUCUUAAUUGUCCAUGUGAGAUUGUAGUCAUCUGGGACGACCAGAUGACUGCGAAUAUGGAUCCCUGGGGCCAUCGCUGACUUAAGUUCUGCAGUGUGCUUCUUUUUUAUUAUUAUUAUUUUUUUGUGUUGCAAAUUUCCAUCCCAGGGGGUGACUGGAUAAAGUCUUGUGUGAGUAUGUGCUUUCCAACCCUCCAAAUUCAGACAUAAUGGAAACAUACUCUUACAUUUACAUUUGGGGCAUAAGCCCCAGAAAAAUUUUAAACAUGUAAGUUUAAACAGUGAUUAAUGUUAAAGUGUUUUCUCUCCCUAAACUGUGACGGCCAAUUUCUCCCUUUACAAUGUAUGUUAUUACCAUUUCUCUCUGUGCGUGAAAAGUCAUUCACUACAGGAAGUCCUGGAUAUGCUUGUUGCAGUUUGCCAUAUUAAAUAGAAAAUAAAUUUUCACCUAGUAGUAAGAAUGACUUUUAAUGCAAUAUAUCAGACAAAACAAAACUUAACUUACUUUGCUUUAUGAGUUUUAAGAAACGGAAAAGUACUGCAUAAAAGUUGACCAUGUCAUGUUUUAUAAGUGUAGAAUGACAAAUUACAUAUAUGAUUUUUGGAAUUUCUGGUUAGAUUCAAUUAGUCAGGUUUAACUUUUGCGCUUUUUUUUGGGAGAGAGGGGUUAGGGGAGGGAUGCAUUGUGGAAAAUAAUAUCAGCAGUUUAAAUUAAUGCCAAUCAUUUCUUGUUUCAAAAUGCUAACUUGCUUACUUGCAUUCAUAAUGGUGUAAGUUACUAUAGAGCCCUGACCUUAAAAAUGGUACUCAUUUUUCUUGUUGUUAUUAAGUCUAUGCUCCACUGAGAAACUUGUUAACUAUAAACUGGUGCACUGCUUUAAUGAGUAAUGUCCCUAUCAGCAGCUAUUUCAAAGGGUUCACCCCAGGGACAUUGGCGAUCAUUGCAAGGAAAUUGCUGACAUUUGCUGCAAAUGUUUAGUCUAGAACGAGGGGGUUGGAUCACUUUUGCACUCUAGUAGUAGGAUCCUUGGGGAAUGGCCCACAGGAUUUGGAAUGUACAUGUAUGCUAUGAUGAAGAAGAAAAAAUAUUUAAUAAAUCCUACAACAUCGAUGUUGCCAUUUCCAAUUCCACGACUUAAAAAAGUAUCUUGAACUCCAUCAUGUGCAGUAGAUAUUAGGUGCACAUUAUUUUACUAAUUUGCUAUAUGAUUCAUCUGUUGUCCCAGGGGUAUAAGGGCUGAUGGUAGCUUUUGGUGGAGAAAUUUUGUACUUUGGUGGGGGUAUUUGUAACUGUCAUUGUGCAAAACAAUGCCUGGGGUUCCUUAGGGUCAACCCCCCAAGAGUCAACUCUGCCAGAAGGGCUGCUGAUAAGUGCAUAUUCCUGAUUGUAUUUAAGAGUGCAAAAGAGUUUGAUGAGGCUGGUUCCACAGCAGUACACAAGGCAGCUGCCAAUGGCCACCUGGAUGUGCUGAAGCUUCUUAUUCAGCAUGGUGGUGAUGUGGAGCUUGCUGACAUCUCU